GCGGACACCUCGAUUUGUCACAUGAGGGUCCUGCCCCCAGCACAGAAAUCUAAGCAGCAGCAGCAGCAGUUCGCCGACUUCCAUUCAGCCGAUCUACAGAAAUCUUUGUCAUAUUUUGUUUUUACUGACAGAACUGAGAUCUGCAUGGUUUUCCUGAAGAUAUCUGAGUCAGGCAUUUUCCUGGGUUUUCCUUGGUUUUCGCCGGUUUUCCUCAUCGCCAGAUUCUACAGCAGCAGACUGGUCUGGACGAUACCCAACUUAAGGGAUGCCUGGAAAACGAAGAUUGAGGGACACAAUCGUGACUUGUGAUACACCAAAAGGUAGAAGAAAAAACAACAGACAAUAAUGUUCAGCAUUACUGCAAUACAUUCUUAACCUUAAUGCAAUAUGGGCUAAGUGUUGAUAAUUGGAAUAAUUUUCCCAUAGCAGUCAUAAUCUUAUCUGUAUAAUGUAAUUUCAAGAAAUCUUUAUCACAAAGGCUACUACAUGCACCCUCAAAGUAAACCUCUGUAAAAAUUCCUUCAAACAAUAAUAAUACACUUCAUAUAAUCCCACUAAAUGUGUGUAUCUUGAUAGCAUCAAGUAUUUGUAAUCAUUGAUAUUUUGUCAAUCCUUAAAAUGACAAACAUUAAAAAUAUCUUUUUUUAGUACGUCAGAUGCAAGCAAGAAUGGAAAAGACGUGCCAUCAUGCAGCACAUCAAGGGCAACAUCAAAGUGUCUUGUCUACACAAGAGAAAAAGGAUGACCAAAAAUCCAGAAUGAAGGGUUUGUUCUCACUGUUUCAAUAACCUUUCUCCAAUUACAGCUAUGUUUUGCUUUCAGUGCCAAGGAAUUUCAGAAGACCUUUUCUACUUAUCUUCUCAGUGUUCUCGAGUUGCAUCAUUGCAUCUUCCGAGUCCUUCAUAGAUCAUUUAAUUCUAGUUUUGAGUCUCAGGACAUGCCAAAUCAUGAAGAAAGCAGCAGUUUUUGUUGAAUUCCCCUUUUCUAUGGGCGAAUCAGUUUGCUUUGUGGUGGGACUUUUCUAACAUUUCAGGACAGCCAUUUCAGGUUCAAGACUUUAUAGUAUUCCGACAUCUACAAAUAACAAGCCAGCCAACCAGUGCAAAAGUGCUAACAAGACAUCCAUAUAUGCUGCUACAUGGCAUGGCCAAAAGUAUGUGGGCACCCUUUCUCCAUAUCUCCAUAUAUAAACAUUGAGAACAGAAUGGGUCAUACUAAAGAGCCGGAAGUUUCAGACAACCUCUAGAAACAACAUCAGCACGACAACUGUCGGUCAGGAGUUUCAUGGAUUGAAAUUCCAUGUCUGAGCAGCCACACACAAAUCUAUGAUCACCCUGCGCAAUAGCAAAUGUCUGUUGGAGUGGUGUAUACAAUGCCAACAAACUGGAACGCCAACUGUGAGCCAGGCAUUAUCACCCAACUUCAGUGCAGACCCUCACCAAUGCUCCAGAAGUUCCAGACUGCCUCUAGAUGCAGCAUCAGUGCAGCAACUGUUAGACAGGAGCUUCAAGGAUUGAGAUUUCAUGGCCGGGCAGCCUCACACAAGCCUAUGAUCACCCUGCGCAAUGGCAAAUGCCCGCUGGAAUGGUGUACACAGUGCCAACAAACUGGAACGCCAACUGUGAGCCAGGCAUUAUCACCCAACUUCAGUGCAGAACCUCACUAAUGCUCUGGAAGUUCCAGACUGCCUCUAGAAGCAACAUCAGUACAACAACGACUGGACAGGAGCUUCAUGGAUUGAGAUUCCAUGGCCGAGCAGCCUCACACAAGCCUAUGAUCACACAGCGAAAUGGCAAGUGUCUGCUGGAAUGGUGUACACAGUGCCAACAAACUGGAACGCCAACUAUGAGCCAGGCAGAACCUCCUGUGAAUGCUCCUGUCACUGAUUGGAAAUUCUAGUGUAAGGCCUUCCCAGAAGAGUGGAGGCUGUUAUAGUAGCAAUGGGGUACCAGCUCCAUGCUUUUGGAAUGAAAUGUUUAACAUACACAUGUGGAUGUGAUGUUCGGGUGUCCACCUACUUUUGGCUCUGUAGUGCAUAUUGCCUGAUCUAGCCUCCUAUCCUUAUCCCUUUGGAAGGUUAAGAACUAUUAACUGUUGGGCCUAACUCAUUGAAUGGCAGCUAUAAAAGUAAUAAAAAAAGUUUUUCAAAUGAUGCUAUCAUUAUCCCAACAAACUCAACUGUGCAUUUGCAGCUGGAUCGAGGAAUCAUAAGAGGAGCGCCGCAAAGUCAUCUCGGCGCGGGAAAAAGAAUGCAUCAGAGUGAGUUCCUCGCCUGUUCCUCAAUGUGCAAAAACUAAGCUGUUCUUCAAAAACUCAGGGACUCUCUAAAACUACCUUCUGGAUGUUUCUGCUACUCAGCCCGUCCCUCUUCCAUAUGUGAUUUAUCCAAGCCAAAGCUUGUUAAAGUUGAAGAAGCCGAAGGUCAUCAUGGCACCUCUACAUACGUUUUGGGCAUUAGAGAUGAACUGUGGUAUGGAAUGGAUGAUCACCUUCAGCAGUGAAGAUAAUGGCUGGUGCAGAUAGGCUCUCCCAUGUCGAUCAGGAAGAAUCAGGCCAUAAAUUCCAUUGAUGGUAUAGAAAGAAUGGGAUAAGUAUGCAAGAAGCUGAUUAGAAGAAUAGCCCAGCAUCAAAACCACACUGGUACAUCUGAAACUUUUUGGCAGUGAAACUUGAAGAUAUAGUGUUGUACAACUUUAUGGGUUAUAUAAGAGUGAUAUUGCUGUCCUUUCCGGAAUCAUUAAGGGACUAUGAAGAUUUCUACCCAGUUACUGAACUAUGCCGUCAGGAUCAGGCUAAGGGUGUUCUGGUUUCAUCCCUAGAAGUCCUUGUAGGAAGAAAAGGAUGAUUUGGCAUGUAUCAACCAAAGGAUACAAAUAAAGGCUGUAUAAAUACUUGUCCCUGUGUUUGUGGGGGAUUGGUGUAAAACGUCCAUGUAAGUAUUUCCAUUUCACAGGUAUGAAAGUGGUAGGUAUUGUUGUAUCUGUCUCAGAAACCAGCUUGUGAAACAGGAAAGGAAGAAGCUUUAAGUAGCACCUCAGUGGUUUGCUAUGGCUGUAAAGGUGUUUCUACCAGUGUUGAUGGAAACCUACCAUGACUUUGUGGACUAUUGAGACAUGGGAGCAAGGACAGGUGAAAAGUUGAAGAUUUUGGACAGAGAUUUUGUGGUCUAUAUUUUGUGAUCAAUCUCAGCCCAAGCAGAGUGAUCUUGAAGGAUGCACCAGGUCGUAUUUGUUGAAGAAGGAUGAAGAGCCAGGGGUUUCCUAGGAUUAGGACAUGAUGGAAGAAUUAUUACAUUUAGGAAGCAAAACAGCACAUGUUCCUCAUUCAUAAACAAAAAUCUCAAGAAUUCUAGGAUGAUUUUGAAUGAGUUCCAACACGUUUCCAAUAUCGAGAUGAAAGAACUCAGGAGAUUGUAUCAGCAUGACCCUUUCCAGGAAUAAAAGAUUACUAGAACAUUUUGGGACUGCUUUGCUGGUGCCAGGUUAAGGAUUCUUCAGUCAUGGAUUUAAAAAGGCCCUACCUUUGAAGGCCCUAUUUCUUGAGGCCUUACCUUACCUCGGGGCCUUACCUCAAGAAAUGGUCUGCCAAACCAAGAGCAGUUAAAUAUCUGGAUGCAGCUUAACUGUGCAAGGAUUUAUACAUCAGACAAAGAAAUACAUUUCAACAAAGGGAGUCUUAAACUUGCAUAAAUGCCAUAAUGUUUUGUUGUGGAUUGGCUUAAUACCCAUCUCAGUAUUUGUGGAUUUAAUCACAGGAAGCCUAAGGAAUCUGCUCUGUGUAUGGACAUGCUACCUCUGUAGCAUAGCAUCCCUUAAGAUAAAGAGUUAAAGAAGGAUCGAGAUCAAGGCGAAGGAGGAAGUAUGAGCAUGAGCAGCCUUAAAGGUUCCAGCAAGAGGGAAGUUGAGAAAUUGUAAAAGCUUGAGAAAUCUUAAAAGAUAAAACUUUUUCUUUGUAGAAAAAGUUGUGUGAAGAUACAUCCUACAACCAAAGGCAUCUGUCUUAUUCUCAUGUAGGAUUUUCGAGGACUUAGUUGCGCUUUGUUUCUUCAAAUGUAUUCUACAUAAUGCGUUUGAAAAAUAUUCUGAACUUGGUUCUUUGACCAUGUUCAUCAUGUGGAAUUUGGACAGCCUUCAUUUUCUUUGCAUUUUCUUGACCUGCUUCCUUUUCUGAUUUCUGAAUAUACUGGGUUGAUUACACAUUUUUGGCCCAGUAUAUUUCAACACGAAUAUUUCUUACCUUGUGGAAUUUGGAUAGUAGCUUCCAAUUUCCUUGUCCUGCUUCCUUUCCUGAUCUUUGGAUCAGCAGUUCACGGAAUCUGAAGUAUCAUAUCAAUAUCUAGCUGGUGAAUGAACACACUGGACUGAAGUUUUCUUGAAAUUUCAUCAGUACCAGUGAAGAAGAGGAGCUCCUGGUUCUUGCAGAUGCCACUGACAUUUCUGGAUCACCCUCUUGUGGUGGGAGAUUGAAAGUAAGUUCCACUCGCUACUUUCACUGAUAGGUUCCAUACUGUAAUCACUACUACUGCCAGUAACUGCAAUUAAAUUAACGUUUCCUUAAAAAAGUUAAAGGUUUGGUAAGGUUAUCAUGUUGAGAUAAAUUAAGAGAGAAAGCAUUUAUUAGCAUAAACAAGUACAUAAAAAAAAUGUAAUGCAAAGACUAAUGCAGUUUAACAAUCGUAACCCUCCAAUGCGACACAAAUGUACAGGAAAGUCAGGCUCCAGUACAGAAUGUGCAUCCAGGAGAUGACAGCCUUUGUGGAGCUUGCCUCAAGACUGGACUCUCUGAUGAGGACACCCGAAGGCCAAGUCUCACACAAGCAGCACAUGGACAGAAUUGCCAGAAGAGGUUCAAGUCUUCCUCUGCUCAGGCAUUUUCAGAGAAAUGCAUUGAGAAGAGACCAUUACUGAAAAGUUCAUUCACACCUGAUACACCUGAUAUACCUGAUACACAUAAGCGGAAGAGAACCAGUGAUGAUGAAGCUGAAGAUCCUGUUUCAUCAGACGAGACCAGUCCAGAGAAGAAUGAAGGCAAGCAGCUAAUGUGUUUGUCACUCAACGCCUGUGAGCUGAUUGAGGGGAAAUUUUGGCCUCCUAAGCUGGAAGAUACUUUCACUCUUUCAGUGAAAUCAGACAGACUCAGUCUUCAUGCCUCCGAUGCCAAAGACGUCAGCGAUACAACAAACAUGUUCACACUGCCAGAUGGAAAAGUGUGUAUUUCAUGGGACAAAGAUCAAGCCAUACAAGAAAUCAUGAGACUUGCUAACCUUGGACAUGAGCGUACACAAGAUGACAUUACGGAAGCUGUAACUCUACAGUCCGGUUCAAGCAUGACCAUCUUCAAAAAUGGUGGCUUUCAGGAGUAUGCCAAAACUGUUUAUCACCUCAUGCAUAGAAAACAAGAAGAACAGCAAGAAGACUAUUUAUUACAGAUUGGGAAAUAUGUGCUCAGAUUGCAGAAUAAGGACUUGUAUGUCAUUCCGCAGUAUGAGUACACUGACGGGCAUCUUCAGACCAUGAGGUUUAAUGAUAGGAACCUGUCUUAUGCAAAAAUAAGCCCAACAAAUAGGUUUAACAAGAAAUACACUGAAACGCUGUACUAUUAUAUCAUUGGCAACCACAACAAAGUCGACUGCUGUGUACAGAGCCCAGAGGACGCUAUAGCCAUCGGGGCCGUUCUGUUCUCAGAAGUCAUCAGGAACCCAGAGAUGUUUCUCCACAACUUUGUGCUGAUUCACUUACUGAAAUCUUGGGAUGACUUCCAUCGUCAUCAUCCCAUGGUUACAGGUGGAUCCUGGAAACACCAGGGCAACAAUGAAAACCUGCCCAAAAAAGUAAUCAAGAAAACACAAGAAAAUUAUAAAGCAUUUAUGCAGAAGUUUUUCAGUGGGAAAAGCUUAUGUGCGAUUGCUGGCUGAGUGAUGCUCACCUGUGUUUAACAGGCUUUACCACUCUAUUAAAUCCUCUCAGACUGCAUUCGCUCUAGUUUAAGAUGUGAAAGAGUAAAAAAAAAGACGUUUAUUUGUGCCUGCCCAAGGAGGAUGGGCUGCCCCAGUGAGUCUGGUUCCUCUCAAGGUUUCUUCCUGCUGUUCUGGAAGUUUUUCCUUGCCACUGUCGCCUUAGGCUUGCUCACUGAGGGUCAAAGGCCAGACCAGUAGACCUAGAUUGUGCAUCAGUAAACCAUUUACUUGUUGUCCAGUACAGUAUAAGUCUCGGAAGAGUAUGACUGUAAUUUCCUCUGUUAGACAAUUUAGUUGUUUCUUUUGCUACUUAAAUGUGAUUUUGGUCUUCAAUCUCAGUUUUACCAUAAUGGGAAUUUGUUCAUUUCAUAAUUUUGUAAUUGUAUUUAUUUAACUUUGUAAUUUUAUUUAUUUAUUUAUUUUAAUAUUUAUUUGAUUGUCUUUUUUUACUUGUAUGUCUUUUAGAGAUCCAUGAACUCUCCAACAGACCCAAUAUGAACAACUGCAAAUGACCACUUGUAAAUAUGUAUUUGUAUUUUGUGUUUGCAUACCAUUUAUACCACUUAUUUAUUUAUUAGUAAAAUUAAAGUGUUGAAAG